AGAGGAGAUAGCGCAAGUCCAAAGACGGUCUGGACCUUGAUAAGUAUCAAUGCCUCCUCAAAUCCUUCUCUGCCCGCAUAACUGAUGCUAAAACCCACUACUUUCUGAACAAAAUUAACUCUGCCUCAAACCCUCACAAACUUUUCUCCACCCUUCUUAACCCCCCUCCCCCACCCCUCCACCCUGGCAGCAUACGACUUCUCCUCCUUCUUUCAGAAAAAGGUUGCCAACAUUAGCAGUCAGUUCCCUGAACCCACCUUUCCUACCCACUCACCCUCUAUGACUGACCUUACCAAAUGUCUAAACUCUUUCUCUCUCCUGUCCGAGGCAGAGAUCUCUGACCUUGUUCUCUUUCAUCGCCCCAUCUCCUGUCCCCUUGAUCCAGUCCCCUCCCCUCUCUUUCAAACCAUCUCUCCCUCCAUCAUAACUUUUCUUCUCCAUGUCCUUAACUCUUCUCUUACUUACGGCACUUUCCCCUCUGCCUUCAAAAUACUGUAAUUUCCAUCAUGUGGUUGGUUUGCUUCUCCAAAACUUCAUUUCUGUCCAUAACUUAACUGUGCGAUUAUUACGAUAAACUGUCUCUGAAACUUGCUGCAGCAGGGACUUUCUUUUUAUCCCAAAUAUCAAGGUUUUAAUUGGUUCAUUUACGAUCGGAUAUUAUUUUUGGGCUACUGAAAUGCCGGUCAAAUGUUUGAAUAUUAAUUCAAAUUGUAGGCUAGGCUACUCAGUAAUGAAUUGUGAUUACUUUGCUUAAUUUGUACUUAUUUUUGAGCACUCAUAAAAGCACAAGUACCCGAAAAAACAACUUAAUUACAGUAACAGGAGUAGUUAUAAUUCAUUACUUCCACCCCUGCUCAGCUGCAGUAAUGUGUGAUCAUUUGGACUUCAGCACAAUAAAUAAUUCAUGAUAAUUGAAAGAAAAUGCCUCCUUAUCUCCUUCCAAUCUGAAAGGUAACCUUUGAUGUUCUUGUCAAUCUUUGAUUAAGUUAGUGACUGAAGUGUAAGUUUGAAUAGAUGUUGACAAAAGGUGUGUCCUGAUUCUUUUGCUGACUCUACUCAGUACUUUAUCAGCAAGGGAGUGAAUUUUAUGACUUUCUUUGGGAAGUCCCGCAGCCAUAGAAACCCUAUAUGGAUAGCUUAUAAAGGCGCCAGCAACUCAUUACUUGACGUCAGUAGCAGGUAAAGAGAACUGUGCAAGAAGGAUCCAGUCUGUACAGGUAAGUUACAAAUGAACAUUUACCUAUUCGUCUUGAACAGGGAGAGGAAGCGGUGGAUCUUAACAUUUCUGUCAUACAUUUUCAGUCUUCAUCCUUAUUGUCCCUAAUCUGUACAAACUGUAACUACUGUAACAGUUUUGUUGAUGACAAAUGAAUAUAAGUAAUAAAACACACACACUUAAGUGUAUUUCUGUGACUUAAGAACAUAAGUUUAGUGAUGAGGCCAUUCACCCUGCUGGGUCCGUCUUUCUGUCUAUGGAGUGUAACUAAAAUUAAAAAAAAUUAUGCUGUGAUUAGAUUUAUAUAUAUAUAAGGUAAGAGAUGGAGUAUUCAUCAUUUCCUAGAGAAGAACAAGACAUGCAUUUGACAGCUGCUAUGUUUCUUUUCUCUUGGAUACAAACUUCAGAAGCCUUCCUGUUAGAUUUCUUACCAGGGUAACUGAAGGAUAAAUGGCCUUCCACAACCACCUUUCUCUAAUGCAGAAAAUACUGCUGGCAAUUUUUUGUUUUCCUCUGCUUCCAUUCUACCUAUGCUAUUUGUGCUUCUGUGCCAGUGAAGACAAAAAUGAUAAUGAUGAUAGCCAGGAAUACAAACUUGAGCGCGGGGAGAAUGCCAGAGCAGAUGUGGUUAAACGACACAGUGAUAAUGUCACAGUAGAGGUUCAACCAAGGAAAAGCACUCCAACAUUGCCAAAGAGAUUUUCUUUUGGUAAAGGAAAAGAAGUAAGGAGAAAUGAAGUUGCAUAUGAAAAUGAGGGUUUCGUUGGUGAUGACUAUAAAACAGAGCUUGGCAGGAAGACUGAAUAUGCUUUCCCAUGGGACAAAUCCAACCUGAAGUCAAUGCGCAUGUAUUUAGAUAAACUCAAACAUAUUGAUGCUUAUGCAAGUAAGGUGAAAGCCGAGGACACUGUGGAGGCCCUGGUCCAGGAGCUGCUGAAGGGGACUAAGAGUGACAUGGAGAAGCUGAGGGCUAUCUGGAUGUGGGUCACACACCACAUUGAAUAUGAUGUCGUGGGCCUCCAAAACCCUGACCUCAGAUCAGGCUCCCCCAGUGAUGUCUUAAAGACAGGGAAAGGAGUGUGUGCAGGCUACGCUGGCCUGUUCCAAGCUAUGUGCAGUCUUGCAGGCAUAGAGUGUCAGCAGGUGUCUGGGUACUCCAAGGGUGGAAUGUACAAGCUGGGUGCCCGCUUCACAGGGAGUGCCACCCACGCCUGGAAUGCGGUCAGACUAGCAGGGACCUGGCAUCUACUGGACAGCACAUGGGGAGCUGGGAACGUCCGUGAUAAUCACUCCACAUUCAAAUUUGAAUACAAUGAGUUCUACUUCCUGACACACCCUGCACUCUUUGUGGGAGAUCAUUUCCCGCUUGAGAGCCAGUGGCAACUGCUCAAACCUCGGCUUUCCUUGAAGCAAUUUGAGAACUCGAUGCAUUUGAGAAGCACGUUUUAUAAUUUGGGCCUCCUCUCUAUACACCCUGAGACAUAUCUCAUCCAAUCAGAUGGAAAGACAACGAUCACAGUUAAGAGUUCAUCACCUGUGCUGUUCAAGCACAACAUGAAUGGGAAACAGCGCAACGCUAUCAUGACACUCACACCAGAUGGCAUGAAGCUAGAUGUCUACCCCCAGGAAACUGAAAAGCAUUCCUUGGAUAUAUAUGCGAAGGCCUUGAAUUCUGGAGAGGACGAAAAGUACAGCCAAGUGUGUCAGUAUCAAGUCCAGUGCAAGGCGGUCAACAGGGAAAUGUGUCUUCCGGAUGACCUGAGUAACCCAGUGGGGCCCAGCUGGCUGACGGAGAGGAGGGGCCUCCAGCAUCCCUCGCAGCGCGGCCCCAUCGUCCACGCGGCGGACGGCCGCUGCUCCCUUCGCUUCCGAGUUGCAAGCCACUUGGACCUAAUGGCCAUGCUGAGUGCCGCAGCCAUGACUGACGAUGAGCAGAGGAGACACGUUUUUCAGUCCAGGCGAGGAGACUCUGUGGAUUUCAGGGUGCAGGUCCCCAGGGCGGGGUUGUACGUGUUCACCGUAUAUGGCAGGGAUAAAGCAGAGAUGGGGAGCUAUGGGUUCCUCUGUAAUUAUCUGAUCUCCUGCACCAACCCCACAGCGAGGUGGCCCUUCUACCCACUGAGAUACGAUUCCUGGAAAGAGGACUAUGAGCUGGUGGAGCCCCUGUCAGGGGUCCUGCCAGCCAGUCGUAUGGUCAAGUUUAAGAUGAGGAUCCCCCACGUGUCACAGGUCUCCGUGGGAGGCAGGGACACACAGGAGCUGGUCCUUGAUGCAAAUGGGUACUGGAGUGGCUGCUGCAGUACAGUGGGGUGCACCGACCUCAACAUUAUGAUCCAAGUCAAUCCUGGCGACCGAUCGCGUUCCUUUGUUCUCAACUAUCAAGUGGAGAGCCACUAGUGACCAUUCUGUCUCCCUUUCGGCAGUUUGGCAAGAGUUGGAUCUGACUAACAUCCCUCUUCUAAGAUGACAUUGAGGCAUGCUAUUGAGCUUCUAAGAGAGGUUCAAGCUAAUAUUUUAAGGGUUUAGUAAAUUUAAUUAUAUUCAUCAGGAAUUCUUUCAAGUUCUUGCAUCGUCACCUCAGUUGAUGAUUUAUUCAUGUAUACUACUAUUAACAUUAGAGUGUAAACCGUUUCAAAGUGUUUUGGGGUUGUUGUUAGUUUUUAUUUACAAACCUGGUUCUAUCAGUGAAACUAAGUACACAUUUUGCUGGGUGUGUAAUUAAUAAUUACAAUUUAAUUUAACUAUUUAAAUUAAGACAAUUUGUGGUGAAAAUGUAAAAGCUGGCUUAAGAGGGUGUGAGAUCAGGGGCGGCGGA